AAAUAUAACUCGUGAUGAAAAUUUUAUUUAAUACAUUUGAUAAGAAUUCUCAAAAUGUAUAGAGAAAGUAUGGACAUAACCAUGAUUAUAUUCAUUUUUUACCUUGGAUUUUCCAAUUCAAAGUUUUGUGAAAGAUCCGGAGUUCUGGAAUGCUGUCUUGGAUAUAUUUGGAACAAGAUAGAGAACAGAUGUAUUCCAUGUGGCAAAGGCUAUAUUGGUCAAAACUGUAGUAUUCCCUGCCCUUCUCCGCAUUAUGGUCAGGAAUGUAUGUCACUGUGCAACUGUGCUGAUAACCAGUAUUGUAACCACGUUCAUGGAUGUAUAAAACCACAAGGGGAUGCCUGUCAAAAUCCAAUGCUAAAGCCAGAGGAACACAUGAAUACCACGUCUCUUAUGUGGACUGUUAUAGUUUGUCUGUUUGUCAUAUCUAUAACUUUUUUCAGUACAUAUGUGUACCUCAAACUCAGAAAGAAACCAAACGUAAAUGUGCCAGAGACUUUGUAAAGCUAAUAAAAG